AUGCGGCCCGUGCCUGCGCUUGCGCCUGUGCUCGUUGCAGUGACGCUGACCCAGCUAGUGUGCCAGUGCUUUGUAAACACAAAAUAUCAAGUGCAGCUAGACCACAGCAUACCAAGCGAGUUCCUCCACAACGACCGAUCGCAGAAAUACACCAACGUGACCAUCGGGAAUGACUCCUUUCUGUGCCUCUUCGGAAGGUCAAGCAGGUUUGGCGAUGCCAGUGAAGGGGGGACUCCACCCUAUGGAGAUGGCGCGGAAGAGGAAGCACUGUCGGGGUGUGAUGAUCUUGGGGUAUUUAAAAAAGCAGGAGAAGCACCCGAGGGGGUGAUCAAUUACGUGGAGGAAAAACUACACCGGGGAAAUUACCUCUUGAAGUAUUCUCAGGGGAAAGGAAUAUAUUACGAAUUACACACGCAUGGUGACCCCCCCUCGUCAGGCACAUGGGGGUGGGGGGCGGCCCCAAUGGUUGGAAGUGAAGUCGACGCGGGAGCAGCGACCCGCAAAAGGGGAGGAGGAGAAGCAGUAAAAGGAGAAGACGAAGAAGGAAGAAGCACCACGGGGAGUAGCCACCCACACAGGGGGGCGAACCAAGCACUAAGGAAAGACCUCCCAGGAAGGAGGGGGGCCCCCAAGAAGCACAGCUUUAACGAAACUAGCGCAGCUCAACGUAUGAGCAACGGACGACUAGCCAUACAGUGCAACUUCCAAAAAGUGUAUGACUACAUUUUCUACAAACACAAGUUCAACGCGUACCAUAAGAAUAGAACCUACAGAAAUGUGAAUGAUGAAGUGAUGCUAAAGAAUCACAUGAUAAAGGGAAAAAUGCUGACCAUAAAAAAUGCCUGCAUUGAUGCGUUCACCCCGUCGAGUGAGAAUGAACUGAAAAUCUGCCUCAACAGAUCCAUCUCCUUUGCUACUAACAGGCAUAAUCAGAAAAAAAACAAAAAUAAGAAGAGAAAACACUCAUGCGUUUGUAGCUACCUGAGUGACAAAGACCUGCUCUUCGUUAACAACACAGUGGUUCAGUACUACAGCGAUGGGACAUAUUUCUUCGAGGUCCUUUUCCUAUGUGGGAACAAUAACUUACGAGUUAACAGCUUCGAAAAACUGCACCGACGUUAUUUCCCCUUCAUUUUCCAAAUAUAUGAACAUGUUCAGGCGAAUUUGACCCAACUGCACAAAAUUAUACGAAACAGAAGGGCCAUGGAGCAGCCCUACUUUUUUAAAACGUUCUCCCCAUACAGGUACAGCGAGAGUUACUUCAGAGCGUUAAAGGAGAAGCUAAAUAAAAUGUUGAAUGCUUUUUUUCCAAAGGUAACGCACCUGUACCGGGUAACCCUAAGUGCCUACAUGUUCUGUGAUUACACCGAUAGGGUAAACCCACCCAAUCAUUUCUUGCUAAAAGGACUGAUGAACAAGUGCUUCCAGUUUACAAAGCAUGACGAGUAUUUUUAUGAAGUCUGCUUACCCAACAGCGUCAUUCGAUAUGAGAAGGACGAGUACGAUAGGGUAAAGUACCCCCUUACUUUGCUUGGAUCUUCUGACCGCUCCUCAAAUGAAGGAAAGCCCUUUUUCGAAAAAGUGUAUGAUGCGUUUCCUGUGCUCAAAAUGAAUUAUAGACUUCGUAAAGACGCCGAAAAUUAUUUGAAGACACAAAAGGGGGUAAUUACUCAAUCGGCUGUUAUAUCGAUUACGCGUGAGGAGGACAUUGACCAUGCGGCUGUCUUCUCCGGGGGGGAUUUCCCCUCGCAGGGUUAUCCCCCUUCUGCGAACCAGCUCUCUGCCUCAUCCAUUUUGGCGCCCGCCUCGGCGACCGUCCUUUCGUCGUCGUCGGUUUUUUCGGCCUCCCCAUCGGAGUACACCCAGAAUGGAAGCGGCGGCGGUAGCAGCGGUGGUAGUGCAAGCAGCGCUAGCAGCGGCGGUAGUGCCAGCGGCGGCAGCGGUGACGGGCGAGGCCAAAAUGUCCUCCCGCCCCUAGCCACCUUCAAAGCCACAAUUACGCCCCUGAGCGAGGUCGCCAGCCCGCCUCCCUACUUCUCCUUCGCCGCGGACCGAAUUCCAUACAUAAGCACAUACAUGAUCGACAAGCCAGUGGAGAUUUUAAAAUACGGGAACGAAAACUUCUACAAAGCUUUAGCGAUUGAUUUGAGGGGAGGACGCUGCAGAGACUCCCUUGGCGAUGUACACGAUUACAUAACGACCAUCUACUUCGACUGCUCCUUGCAUUACAAAAACGAGACGCAGACAAACAUAGUGAACAUAUUCCAGACCACGGAGUGCCACUACUACGUGCAUGUGUCCUCUCCCGUCCUUUGCGCCCACCCGACCCUGCACACGUCCGUGAAAUCGCAGAACGAAGUCAUACGGUGUUUCAGAAAUGUGUUCGCCGCGAGCGCCCAGAGGGUGGGCCGCUCCAGGGGUAGAAGUGGCAGCGGCAAAAGUGGCAGCAGCAGAAGUGGCGGCAGCAGAAGUGGCGGCAGCAGACGUGGAAGCGACAGGCCCCCCCCCAGCUGCGGCGAGCGAGACGACCCCUACCUCAGCGACGCAGACAAGCUCUACCUGCACCAGUUUCAGGAAAAAAAAAAAAAAAUGAUGCAGAAAAAAAACAUGCACGCACUCGAAUCCGUGCCCAGGAACACUAAAAUGGAGUUCGGCGUAAAAUAUGACUUCGGGCUAGGAAAUUAUAUCCGAAAAAGAGUGUACAAAGGAACCCCCAUUUUUCACAUUGGCAACAUUGUGAGGCAUCGGUACUGGAAUUACGAAGCAGUGGUGGUCAGCUGGGAUUACAUAUGCUACGCGCCAGCUGAGUGGAAAUAUCAUUUCUUUUUGGAGUACCCAACCGAAGUUCAAAACUCUGUGCAUUACCUCCUUUUGGUUAAUAAAGACGGGAAAAAGGGAGGCGCAAUUUUGCAUGACCGUUCAGCGUACACAGACCAUCCUAACAAACGUGCAGAAACUUCACACGCGAGGCGGGCUAAACACGCAACUGCUGAUGAGAAGUGGGAAAACGUACGACUUAACGUGAGCGAAGAACAACCGUUCCAUGAUGACCACUUCAACUUCGCUUACGUCCCCGAGUCCAGUUUGGUGUAUGGAGACAAAAUGAUUUACAGCGAACAUUUGUCGCAGUUUUUCGAACAGUACAAUUCCUUUUUUCAUUUUUACAUUCCCAAAAAGGAUCACAUAAUUUGGAAGCUUUUCCCGUACGACUUCUUCAACCUUAUAUUUUGA